GCUCGCCGUGGGCAACCCCAAUGCGGGGACUAUCCGCUGGUGCAUUAUGCUGGAGCUACGGUUCCGCUGAAGGGAGUGUGCACACGGCCGGCUGGGCUGGACUGCAGCGCUGCUGUUCCUUAUGAAGAAGGCACAAACUUGGAUUAUCGCUUGCUUUUGUCUCCAACUCCUCCUGCUGAAUCCUCUUGUCAAAGCCCAGAGCUCCUGCGGGAAUCCGGUGACAGAUGAUGUGAAUGACAUUGCAAAACUGGUUGGAAAUCUCCCAAAUGAUUAUCUGAUAACCCUGAAAUAUGUCCCGAAGAUGGACAGCCUGCCUAAUCACUGUUGGUUGCACUUGAUGGUGCCUGAGUUUUCCAAGAGCCUGCAUAACCUUCUCCAGAAGUUUUCAGAUAUCCCAGACAUGUCUGAUGUUUUGAGCAACUAUUCCAUCAUCAAUAACCUCACCAGGAUAAUUAAUGACCUGAUGGCCUGCCUAGCUUUUGAUAAAAACAAGGAUUUUGUCAAAGAAAAUGGUCACCUUUAUGAAGAAGGUCACUUCAUUCCUGAGGAGUUCUUUAGGCACUUUAAUAGCACCAUUGAGGUCUACAAGGAGUUUGCAGACACACUGGAUCAGAAUGACUGCAUCCUGCCUUCCACAGUGGGAACACCAGAGAAUGAUUCCAGCGUCGCCGUCACAAACCCAUUCUUGUUUCCUCCUGUUGCUGCCAGCUCCCUCAGGAACGACAGCAUUGGCACUGGCACUGGCACUCACACAGAGGCCCUGGGCUUCAUCAGCAGCUCCAGCCUGCAGGGGAUCAGCAUAGCCCUGACCUCGCUGCUCUCGCUUCUGGGUGGCUUUCUUUUGGGAGCCGUGUACUGGAAGAAAACACAUCCCAAAUCCAGACCAGAGAGCGAUGAAAGCACACAGUGUCACCAGUGUCAAGAGGAAAACGAGAUAAGUAUGUUGCAGCAAAAAGAAAAGGAACAUCUACAGGUGUAGCUGUUGCUUUCUCUCCCUCAACACUGUUACUGAUUCGUGUACUGGCAGGUAACAGUUCCAUGUUCGCUUCAUAACUGAAGCAGCUUUAAGCACAUUGGUAUUCCUUCUGGAGUGACAGACUGAGUCUGCAUCUGUUGUUGCUGCCCAGGACUCCUUAGACAUGCUAUAGAAACCAGAACAAUUUGUGUUUGUUACUGUGAAACCAACACUGAAUUCAACACCAACAAGAGGAGUGUGCACAUAGCAGGACUGGAUCUCCUGUUCAAUAUGGACCUGAGAGGGGGAGGCAGCUGGAGAUUGGGCAUUGAGACUUGCAGCUGACUCUGGCUAGCAAAGGAAAAGAAACCAUCCUGGAUGUAAAAUCCCAUCCUUGAAAUGCCUCCAGCCACGUGGAACCAUCCAAAUACCUUUGCAUCCUUAAUUUAAGUUCUGUGUCCUCUCCCUUUGCCUUGGUGUCUUCAGAUGGAGUCCCCUGAACUGACAGAGAUGCAGAAGUGGUUACAGAGAUUGUGCUCUUCCAUGCUGUAUAUAAAACUUGAAAGCCAACUCAUGCCAUGGAGGGCAUGCCAAGCCAUGCCAGGCCCUGGCCUUUUACUUACAAGGAGCUGUGCUUAUGCUUGGCAAAAGAUAUAUGCCCAGCAAUGGGUGGUCUCUGUUGAGUGCCAGGUGGAUGGUUGCCCAUCCCAGACAGCCUCAAGAACUCAUGAGUGUUGGUGGCCCCCACUCAGGAGGAGCUAAAGAUGAAGACUAAGUGAACAGAUGAGCAAAGUCCAACAGACAGCCUCAUGGGUGUUGGUGGCCUCCACUCAGGAGGAGCUAAAGAUGAAGACAAAGUGAAGAGGUGAGCAAAGUCCAACAGACAGCCUCCAGAAUUCAUGGGUGUUGGUGGCCUCCACUCAGGAGGAGCUAAAGAUGAAGAUAAAGUGAAGAGGUGAGCAAAGUCCAACAGACAGCCUCCAGAAUUCAUGGGUGUUGGUAGCCUCCACUCAAGAAGAAGCAAACUGCUGGCUGAAGACAGUGUCAACAAAGUUCAAUAGGUGACAAAGUGAACACAUGAAUAAAGGUCAACAGGUGACAAAAAGUGAGCACAUGAAUAAAGUUCAAGAGGUGACAAAGUGAACAAGUCAUCAAAGUUCAAGAGGUGACAGAUUGGACCUGUGAACAAAGGUCAGCAAGUGGCAAAGUCAACAGAUGAACAAAGUUCAGCAGGUGACAAAGUGAACAUGGGAAUAAAGGUCAACAGGUGACACAAAAUGGACCUGUGAACAGAGUUCAAGAGGUGACAAAGUGAAGAGGCCAACAAAGUUCAACAGGUGACAAAGUGAACAUGGGAAUAAAGGCCAACAGGUGACGCAAAGUGAUCCUGUGAACACAGUUCAGGAGGUGAUCAAGUGAAGAGGUGAACAGAGUUCAACAGGUGACAAAGUGAACAUGGGAAUAAAGGCCAAUAGGUGACACAAAGUGAUCCUGUGAACACAGUUCAGGAGGUGAUCAAGUGAAGAGGUGAACAGAGUUCAACAGGUGACAAAGUGAACAUGGGAAUAAAGGCCAAUAGGUGACACAAAGUGAUCCUGUGAACACAGUUCAGGAGGUGAUCAAGUGAAGAGGUGAACAGAGUUCAACAGGUGACAAAGUGAACAUGGGAAUAAAGGCCAACAGGUGACACAAAGUGAUCCUGUGAACACAGUUCAGGAGGUGAUCAAGUGAAGAGGUGAACAGAGUUCAACAGGUGACAAAGUGAACAUGGGAAUAAAGGCCAACAGGUGACACAAAGUGAUCCUGUGAACACAGUUCAGGAGGUGACAAAGUGGACAGGCCAACACAGUUCAAGAGGUGACAAAGUGAACAGGCCAACACAGUUCAAGAGGUGACAAAGUGAACAGGCCAACAAAGUUCAACAGGUGGCAAAGUCAACAGGGGAGCAAAGCUCAAAAGGCGACCAAGUGGACCUGUGAACAAGUUCACCACCACCAAAGUGGUGACUGUAUCUGCUGGGGCUCUGAAGCACGAGCUGCUGGGUGUGUGGGGACUGGUAGCUUGCCAGCUGUGCCAAGGGAAGGGGAAGUAAAGAGUCUGAACUGCAUCGAAGCAGGGUUGGGUGAAGACGGAGCCGUCAGUGCUGCCGGCGCAUGCCAGCGAAACCUUGUCUGUAAAUGUAGAGCUUAGGAAACCUGAGAGGUGUUGAGAGUGUAUUUAGCUUUGACUUACAUCAGCUGUAAUUAGUGCUUGCCUUGUGUUUUAAGUGAUUAGUAAGCUUUCAUGUCCUGGCACUCCCCACUUUGGAAGCGAAUUCUGUUGGAACAAAAGGGAGAAGCCUCCCUUCCCGCUUUUCUUUGCCCGCUUGCAUUGUAGCAUCCCUGGGAUCUGGACAGGACUGAUGGACAGAGAUGUAUUUUCCACUGAACCCUUAAAAAUGAGCCUGGCAAAAGCUGCCAGUGGAGUGCUGCAUCUUUUCAUCUGCAGAUAAUGAGUUGUUGGUGUCUUAGGAGGUUUGCAUCUCCCGACCUAUCGGUGGCCGACUGUCAUCUGCCAUUAAACUGCCCAGGGCAGCAAGAGUUUCACUUGCAGAACUUGUGAGGUUUUCAUUCUAAUGCUUGGACUUGAUGAGCUUUAAAAGGGUUUUCCCCAACCUAAGCAAUGCUGUGGUUCAGCACAGGCUGGCAACCUACAAAUGAAUGGUGGCAGCUGAGCACCUCCCUCUGUCCUGUGCUGUCAUUCAACCCUGCGCUUCCUUGCUCCACAUCUGCUCCUUGCAGUGCAGCUAACAACAGCUGGAGCACCUCCCCUAUGGGGACAGGCUGAGGAGUUGGGGCUGUUCAGCCUGGAGAAGAGAAGGCUCCAGGGAGACCUUAGAGAAGCCUUCCAGUACCUGAAGGGGGCUGCCAGAAAGCUUUGAUCACAUUCUGUGCUCCACAACCUGACUGGAGGUGUUCAGGACCAGGUUGGAUGAAGCCUUGAGCAACCUGGGCUAGAAUGAGGUAUCCCUGCCCUUGGCAGGGGAUUUGGACCUAGAUGAUCUCAAAGGUCCCUUCCAACCCAAACCAUUCUCUGAUUCUGUGAUUCCAAGAUUCCCAAAUGCUGCAGCAGGAGAUUGUGGAUCUCCUCUCUCUGGAGGUGUUCAGGGUCAGCUUGGAUGAAGCCUUGAGCAACCUGGGCUAGCAGGAGGUCACCUUGCACAUGGGCAGGGCAUUGGGACUGGAUGAUCUCCAAGGUCCCUUCCAACCCAAACCAUUCUAUGCAGCACCUGUGAGCCAGCUUUGCAAUCAAUGGAAGUGCAAUAAGUGACUUUUCCAUGGGAGUAGGGAUAGCAGAAAUGGUCCUGAAGUGCUGCUGCUCUACCCAGAUGGAAGCAAUUCAACAUCUGAAGAGUCAUCAGUUUCUUUGCCUUCUUUUUAGGUAGGCAGAGCCCCUGCAUUACCAGGCCACAGGAACACCUUUGGCUUCUUACAGUGGGCCAUUGCCAGUCUGAUGUUCUUGAAUCCAAAAGCCAACCAAAUCUGCUUCCCAGCACCCCAUGGUUUGGUGUUUGGGUUUCUUUUGGAGUGGUUGAACCUUGCAUGCAGUCAGUAGUGGGCUGGUGAGGAUCAAAAAGCAGCUGGAGACCCCCAGAGGAACUCAAUUUUGGGUGUGUGUUUACUUGAAGUAGUUCAUGGUACUGAUCUCACCAGAAGGUCGUUUUCUGAGUCAGCUUCUCCAUGGUGCUGUUCUAUGGAGUUUUAUGGUCAACCUCCACGUUUGUUUGCUACCAGCUCUGUUGCUCCUUCUUUGUCAUAGGCUGGAAUUGUUCAGUCCCCACAACUAUUACAUGGAAAACCAAGGAACAAGUUCUGCACCAUGAGGGUAGUGGAACACUGGAACAGGUUGCCCAGGGAGGUGGUUGAGGGGCCCAUGUUCAAGCUGAGGCUCAACAGGGCUCUGGGCAACCUGCCCUAGCUGAGGAUGCUUCUGCUGACUGCAGAAGGAGUUGGACUGGAUGACCUCUGGAGGUCCCUUCCAACCCAGUGCCAUUCUGCCCUAGUUGAGGAUGCUCCUGCUGACUGCAGAGGGAGUUGGACUGGAUGACCUCUGGAGGUCCCUUCCAACCCAGUACCAUUCUGCCCUAGCUGAGGAUGCUCCUGCUGACUGCAGAGGGAGUUGGACUGGAUCACCUUUGGAGGUCCCUUCCAACCCAGCCCAUUCUGCCCUAGCUGAGGAUGCUCCUGCUGACUGCAGAGUGAUCUGGACUGAAUGACUUUUGGAGGUCUCUUCCAUCCCAGCCCAUUCUGCCCUAGUUGAGAGGAUGCUCCUGCUGACUGCAGAGGGGGUUGGACUGGAUGACCUCUGGAGGUCACUUCCAACCCAGCCCAUUCUAUGAUUGCAUGAUGAUAUUCUGGAGCCAAUUUAACCUUUAAUAAUGCCCCAACCUUCCAAUCAGCAAUCCCAAUUCCCUCCUCAGUGCAGCCCUCCAGCAAUGGUGGCACAUUGCUAUUCCCUUGUGGAGUUGAUGGAAAACCAAAGCUCAGACUCUAGUGAUGGAGACCCAAACCUCUGCCAUUGGAAUGGGCUGCCCAGGGAGGUGGUGGAGUUGCCUGGAGGUGUUGAAGCAAAGCCUGGAUGAGGCACUUAGUGCCAUGGUCUGGUUGGUUGGAUAGGUGGUAGGUGAGUGCUAGGUUGGACUGGAUGAGCUUGGAAGGCUCUUCCAACCUGAUUGGUUCUCUGAUUCUCUGCUGGUUGGCAAAAUCCCUUUGGUUUCUGUGUCAACACCAAGCACUGUCUUGCACAGUUAACCAUUCUGGCUCGAAGGUAAUCAACAAAGGUGAUCAAGAAAUGUGAUGUGGCUGUAAAUAUGUGUCCUCUUCAAAGGUAGAUGUUUGGUUUGCUUGGGGUUUGUUUGUUUGGUGGUUUGGGUUUUGGGUUUUUUUUUUUUAGCUCAUUGGUUUUGUUUUGUUCUUGGUUUGUUGUUUGUUUUUCUUGGUUGUUGUUUUGGCUCUUUUCUCUCUCUUCUCUCUCCCAGAUCCUUUUUUUAUACCAGUUCAGAUUUGGAAUUUACAUUAUCUACAUAUACUUUAUUGUUCUAAAUAAAGAUAUUAUGCACUGCUAAAGAA